AUGGGCUCCCACACGCCAAAAACCACCGCCAGCACCAACCCUUCCUUCACGUCGGAACAGCGCUAUGCUUCACGCUCUGGUACUAUGGAUGUAGAUGGCAUGGACGUUUCGCCCUCGACAUGGCAUGGCUCCAUUUCGCCAUCAGAGGGUCAGUCUGUAGAAGAGAGGCACGUAUCUGAGCAGGGUGCAAGGCAUACUCGGGACCAUGUUAUGUCAAGAGAAGGAGCUUCAACGUCGCCGUCGCCGCGUUGCUACUCGCCCGUGCAGGAGGAGCUCGCAAGAAUGCUGAAGGUCAUGUUGAGCGAGCAGCCCGAGACCUCGCCGUCUGUUGAAGACAUGGCAGAAGAUUUCCUAUGUGCCACACUCACACCACCAGUCACCAAGCAGUCGUUGAGCGAGCUCGACGUCCAAAGCAUAAUCACAAACAUCAAAUUACGGCAUGACGUUAACUUUGAUCGGGAUCUUAGCUUCAGGCCGAACCUGGACGGUGUCAAAGGACAAAAGAAGGAAAGGACGGCCGACAAGUACUGGACGGCCUUGAUGGCCGAGCUGGAACUGUACAAGCGGUUGUUUCAGGGAACACCACCGAUACCGCAGGCCAAUCUCGAACGAUUCGCUCGCGGCGCCCAACGACGGAUACCCAUCUUGUUCCAAACGAUCCGCGAUGUCAUCAAGAGUCUGGUCCCCGAGCGUGAUCAUUCAAGAGUAGACGAGCACCUGGAUAUUCCUCUGCUGAUGCAGCAGAUUGGGCGGGGAGUCUGUGACUUUGUACGCCUGGCAGAGUGGAUAGCACAUCUGCUCAAAGAGCAUUGCGCGCCAAUGCGCGAUGUAUGGGUGGACGAGAUGGUGGCUCUCAUCAGGCAUGGUGCUGCCUCACAGGAUUCGAAGCAGAUUGUCAUUGGCUUGAAGACACUGUUUGGUAUCCUGGAAGCUAUGAAGCUUGACGUUGCCAACCAUCAGAUUCGAAACCUGAGGACGCUGCUGAUUGAGGAUACAAUCAACUUUGAAAAGCACUACCACCUGGAUAGGCUAGUCAACGGCAGGGCAAGGAUCAACAUCAGCGCUGCCAGGAAUUGGUUCACCAACAUGAUUGAAGAAUUCGGAUCGCAAUGCUCGCCGCGACCAAGGGCUGGACCCUGCUUCGAGCUUGAAGUAUUUACCCGUGCAGUCACAGCCAAGUCUUUUGGGCGAGACGGACGGGCCGGUCUUCCUGAAACCUUUAUGCUCGACAACGAUCGGCUAUGCACGCUGAGGGCCGAAAUUGAUGAUCUCGUCAUGUUCGAGGUGUGCAUGGAUAUGUGCAUCGCAUUGGCGAGGCAAUUUGGCUACAACGGGCCCAUCACCCUUACCAUCGGCCAGCAACUCCGCACCGCCCUCUCUGCGAUCAUGGGCGAGGCCACCGGCCACGGUGCCCAGCAGUGGAUCAUCCACUCUGAAGCUCUUUCUCUAGAGAUUUUGCGACAUGCUUCGCAUCUUGCUGGACAGGCAACUACAUACAGCCUCGAUCGCAUGGCUGACGCCAACCAGAGCCUACGUGUCUUGUUUGUUCACAGAUCCGCCUAUCAUGCUGCACGUCUGGAGGCUUCUCUGCUACCCCAAAUCAUCGCCAACGUCGACCGUCACAAAGCCUCGUCGCCGGUAGACCUCUUCGCCAACCUUGUCUCCAUCUCCCCUUCCAUGCCACCUCUACCAACACUUGCACGGCCCGGCGUUACUGAUACGUUUGCUUUUGCCCAUCUGCACCCGGAGACGGCCAAAUUGGCCGACAUCGCCAACCGCAUCACACACAUCAUACUACUUCACUGGCGCGUAUGGGCUCCUAUCGCAUACAUUCACGAAGACGUGUCACGACUCGCUAUGCCCUAUGCCACUUCACAAACACAGCAACUACAAUCGCCCACGAGCUCCGACUCGGGAGCGCCGGUUGCACCAAACAUGAAGUCCAAGGAACCAAUGGAGCCAGGCCAAGACACGCACAUGACGCACCACUCACUUCCACAAUAA